AUGGAUUUUAUGAUCUCGCAGUUCUGUGAGGAAGAUUCACAUCAAAUAUAUAACACUACCCAUAACUCGGCUGAUGCCAGUGUUCUGCUUACUAGCAAUGAAGAUGAAUCAGACAAUGAUUACCAACUUCCUCCAGAAAUGGAGUUGGGAAACAUCGAGUACAAAGCUAAGCUUAUAAAUCCUUCUGCUUCUCGUUUACAGCAUUUGAUAACUCAAAUGAAGUGGAGAUUGAGAGAAGGUCAAGGCGAAGCGAUAUACGAGAUGGGGGUUGAAGAUGGAGGUAAGAUGACAGGGCUAACAAACGCUGAGUUGGAAGCUUCGUUAUCUACCCUGAACGCCAUGACUAAUGCACUUGAUGCCAGUAUGGUCAUUAUGACUGAACGCGAUGUAACACCACGUGGUUCCAAGUCGAGAAGAACAGUUGUCGAAAUUUUGGUUCGAAAAGUUCCUGAGUGCCAAGAGUUCAUUGAAAUCCGAUUAGCGGUUUUGGGAAGCAUGGACGUGGGAAAAUCGACACUGUGCGGUGUUAUGACACAGGGUGUCCUUGAUGAUGGGAACGGAAAAGCACGGCAGAACCUGUUCAGAUAUCCUCACGAAGUAAGAUCUGGGAAGACAAGUUCUGUUUGCCUUGACGUCAUAGGAUUUGAUUCAAGAGGAAAGCUUGUGAACUAUGCCAAGCACAACCCUGAGGAGAUGGUAGAAAACUCAACAAAACUACUUACACUUAUUGAUCUUGCGGGUGAUUCGAAGUAUAUGAAAACCACUAUACAGGGACUAUCCGGGUACAAUCCUCAUUUUGCUUGCUUAUUGUUAUCAGCUGAAACGGGUGCGACUGCCGUAACCAAAGAGCACUUAGGGUAUGCUGCGGCAUUGAAUAUUCCCGUAUUCGUAAUAAUCACUAAGAUUGAUUUGGUUGACAAACAACAGUUGCUCCAUGUCGUUCGAAGUGUGUCUCAACUUGUUUCUCGAGCUGGCAUGGUUUGUAACCCGAAACGCAUCAAGAACAAAAGAGAUGCCAUGAAAUCAGCGGGUGAACUGGCUGCCAAUGGAACUGUGCCUAUACUUGGAGUAUCUUCUGUCACCGGGGAAGGGUUCAAGUAUCUUCGAUACUUCCUCAAUGUGUUGUCUCCUGCUGGGUCUGCUUCAUCACGACUAAAACUUGCAGACGAAUCGCCAUUGUUUAUAAUGGAGGAGAUGUAUAACGUACCUCACGUCGGAACUGUUGUUUACGGUAUGCUAUCACAAGGUCGGCUCCAGGAAGGGGAUACGAUGUUCGUUGGACCUCUGAGAGAUGGGACUUAUGAGAAGGCACAAGUUCGUACAAUACGUCGUAGUAAACAGCCUGUCAGGGCAAUUCUACCGGGACAAGCAGCUACUAUAGCUCUGACGAUACUCUCAGCUGACAAUGUUCCACUGAGAAGAGGCAUGGUGCUGAUUCAUUGUACAGAAGUUCCUACAAGUUGUCUCCGUUUCAAAGCAAAUCUCUUUUUGCUUUGUCAUCCGGCUAGACAGCUCAGUACUGGUUUUCAAGCAACAGUCUACAUCGGAUCCGUCUGCCAAACCGCUACCAUUGUAGAAAUCGAUAGAGAUAGUCUGAAGCAGGGCAAAUGGGCCAAUGUCGUUUUCGAGUUUUAUUGUCAUCCAGAAUAUGUACAGGUUGGGACUCCUUUGAUCUUCCGGCAAGGAAAAACCAAGGGAAUGGGAGAAGUAACCGAUGUUUCAAAUUGA